AUGGCCGGAGGAAGAAACAGCACAACUGUGACCAGAUUCAUCCUCCUGGGAUUUUCAGAUCAGCCUCAGAUGAAGGUCUUCCUUUUCAUGUUCUUUCUAGGGAUUUAUCUCCUGACCUUAGCCUGGAACCUGAGCCUCAUCACCCUCAUCAGGAUGGACAGUCACCUCCACACACCCAUGUACUUCUUUCUCAGUAAUCUCUCCUUCCUGGACAUCUGUUACUCAUCCUCCACUGCCCCCAAGAUGCUUUCUGACAUUGUCACAGAUGAGAACACCAUUUCUUUUCUUGGCUGUGCCACACAAUACUUUGUCUUUUGUGGAAUGGGGCUGACUGAAUGCUUGCUCCUGGCAGCUAUGGCCUAUGACCGGUACACCGCCGUCUGCAACCCAUUGCUCUACAUGGCUAUCAUGUCCCAUUCACUGUGUUUAAAGUUGGUGGCUGGUGCCUAUAUGGGUGGUUUCCUUAGUUCUUUGAUUGAAACAUGCUCUAUCUACCAGCAUGAUUUCUGUGGACCCAACAUAAUCAACCACUUCUUCUGUGACCUCCCUCCAGUCCUGGCUCUGGCCUGCUCUGACAUCUUCACUAGCCAGGUGGUAACCUUUAUUUUAGGUGUCAUUGUGGGGGUGAUGUCUGUCCUGGUAGUCCUCAUCUCUUACGGAUACAUUGUUGCUGCUGUCCUUAGGAUCAACUCAGCUAAAGGUAGGACCAAGGCCUUUAGUACCAGUGCUUCUCACCUGACUGCUGUGACCCUCUUCUAUGGCUCUGGUCUCUUCAUGUACAUGAGACCCAGUUCAAGCUAUUCCCUCAGCCACGACAAGGUGGUAUCUGUCUUCUAUGCUGUGGUGAUCCCCCUGAUGAACCCCAUCAUCUAUAGCCUCAGAAAUAAGGACAUUAAAAAUGCUGUGAGGAAAGCUGUGGAAAGGGACUACAUGCUUUCUCAUGGGCAUUCAUUUUUCUGA